AUGGUGGACACCGAAUCGGUCGGCAUGGACUUUCCCGCUCCAGCCGCCUCGCCGCCGCCGGCCCCGCCUCCUCCUCCACCGCCCCCUCCCCCACCCCCUCCACCGGACGAGGCCGAGGGGCUGGACAUCGCGGUGAAGAAGAAGCGGCGGCCGUACCGCCAUAGGAAGUUUGGCUGCACCGUGGCCGAGCAGAUCAUGAAGGCGGUGGCGGCCACGAAGGAGCGGCGGGGCCUGUCGGUGGCCGCCAUGAAGAAGAUGCUGACGGCCAGCGGCUGCAAGAGGGCGCGUGGCAGCAGGUCGCGGGCUCACCGCUCCGUCCCCCACCUCGCCAAGCCGGGCUCGCUGGCCAAGACGCCCGGCAGCCUCGCCGCCUCGACCUCCGUCAGGGCGGCCAGCGCAGGCGGCGAGCUGCAGCCGGCCGCCACGAACAAGGCCGCGGUGCAGCCGCCGCUCCCCUUCCCUGCGUCCAGAAAGAAGCCGCGGAGGAAAGCGGCGGCCGCCCGGCUGAGGGGGAGGGCGGCCAAGCGGCGGGGCAAGCCGGUCAGCCAAUCGCCGAGAAGCAACAAAAGGCGAACUUACCGGGGCAGGAGGCCGAGCGCCUUCCCGAAGGUCCCCAGGAUGAGGAGGAGGUUGACCGACGUCCACCGGCCGCGUGGAGAGUCCGAUUUGCGCUGCCUCGAGCCGCAAGGCGGGCAGCCGAACUGUGGGGAGAACGGCUCUUCUGAGAGCCAAUAA